AAAAUAUAGGGUUUAACACCAUCGCUUACCCCAAUAAUCAAGGAACAAACUGGUCUUCUCUCUUACAGGCCAGAGAAGAAGCAGCAGAAGCACAAGAAGAAGAAGGAGAAGAAGAAGAAUGUCUCGGAGCAUAUCGUACGUCACAGGUUCCCAGCUUCUCUCUCUAAAGCAUCGCCCCAAUAUCGCCGUAGUAGAUGUCAGGGACGACGAGAGGAGUUACGAUGGGCACAUACCCGGUUCGCUCCACUACGCGAGCGAUACUUUCUCCGAGAAGAUUCCCAACCUCGUUCAAUCCGUCGCGGGCAAAGACACCCUUGUCUUUCACUGCGCCCUCAGCCAGGUUCGUGGCCCAAAGUGUGCACGAAGAUUAGCAGAUUACCUUGCCGAACUGAAACAAGACAUGGGAAUAAAGAACAUUUUGGUUUUGGAACGUGGUUAUAACGGCUGGGAAGCCUCUGGUAGGCCUGUUUGUCGAUGCACUGACAUCCCAUGCAAGGGUGAUAGCGCUUAGAAUCUAUUCAACUACAUCCUUGUCAAGCGGGGAUCAGAUAUAUAUACACACUAUCUGCUGAAUGCACAUCUAGAAGAAUGAUUAUAUUGCUACGCAUAAGGAUGUAUGAUUCGUUGUGGGUGACCAUAGCCGAUUAUAUAUGUGAAUUGCUUCAAGUUAACUCGGUUUUCGGAUUGUUGUAUCCGAGGCUGGUUUACUGAAAGAUUUCUCCAAGUUUAUUUAAAUAUGACUGGUGUUGUUUGCCUCUAAA